AGACAGAACCCUGGAAAGGCUCUGCUUGGGAAUAUAUGAAGGAUGCCAGGAUAAAAAGAGGUGCGAAUAUCUGAGAGAUCAUCUAAAUUCUUCCUUUAAAACCAUUUCCCUGCCUCUGCCUGCCAGUGAAAAGUAGCAGGUGACAUACCGUUUACUUUUAAGGAGGAGAGAAGAAACAGAAUUAUUUUUAAAGGAGUUCAGUGAACUCACUAUGGAGAUCUGGGCUGCUAAGCCAGAGCUGGCGGCUGCAGGGCAGAGUGCACCCUUCACUUGGGGUAGAAGAGCCCAGCUGGAUGACCUCUUGCUGUCCACCCCACAUGAAGGAUGGAGAGUUCCCCAUGAAGAAAACCAGCAGGAAGACAGAACUUCCGAGGGAGCCCUCCUCACCCAGCAGGAAAAGCAGCACCACAAGUGGGGGCGAGAAUGAGCAUGAGGACCUGGAGCAGGAGUGGAAGCCUCCCGACCAGGAGCUCAUCAGGAAGCUGGUGGACCAGAUUGAGUUCUACUUCUCCGAUGAAAACCUGGAGAAGGAUGCCUUCCUGUUGAAGCAUGUGCGGCGGAACAAGCUGGGCUACGUGAGCGUCAAGCUGCUGACCUCCUUCAAGAAGGUGAGGCGAGCAGCUCAGCAGCUGCUUCCAGGACGGUGAAACACCUCACGCGAGACUGGAGAACCACAGCUUAUGCCCUAAAGUAUUCGGUGAUCCUGGAGUUGAAUGAAGACCACCGGAAGGUGAGGAGGACCACCCCUGUCCCACUCUUCCCCAAUGAGAACCUCCCCAGCAAGAUGCUCCUCGUCUAUGACCUACACCUGUCCCCCAAGCUGUGGGCCCAAAGCACUCCACAGAAGAAUGGCAGGGUGCAGGAGAAGGUGAUGGAACACCUGCUCAAGCUCUUUGGGACUUUUGGAGUCAUCUCUUCUGUGCGGAUCCUCAAACCAGGGAAAGAGCUGCCCCCAGAUAUCCGGAGGAUCAGCAGCCGGUACAGCCAGAUGGGGACCCAGGAAUGUGCCAUUGUGGAAUUCGAGGAGGUGGAAGCGGCCAUCAGAGCCCACGAGUUCAUGAUCUCGGAAUCGCAGAGCAAGGAGAACAUGAAGGCCAUCCUGAUUGGUACGAAGCCACCCAAAAAGAAACCUUCCAAAGACAAGAACCACGAUGAGGAGCCCACUGUGAGCAUCCACCUAAACAAGUCCAUCAACAAGCGAGUGGAGGAGCUUCAGUACAUGGGGGACGAGUCCUCUGCCAACAGCUCCUCCGACCCCGAGAGCAACCCCACCUCCCCCAUGGCAGGCCGACGGCAUGUGGUUCCCAACAAGCUCAGCCCUUCUGCCCACCAGAAUCUCUUCCUGAGUCCAAAUGCCUCUCCAUGCUCAAGUCCUUGGAGCAGCCCGCUGGCCCAGCGCAAAGGCGUUUCCCGAAAAUCUCCACUGGCCGAGGACAGUAGACUGAAUUCCAGUAUGAGUCCCGAGAUCUUCCGCAAGUGCAUGGAUUACUCCUCGGACAGCAGUGCCACUCCCUCCGGCAGCCCCUGGGUGCGAAGGCGCCGCCAAGCCGAGAUGGGGACACAGGAAAAGAGUCCGGGGGCGAGUCCCCUGAUGGCUCGGAAGAUGCAGACUGGGGACGGGUUGCCUGUGGGGGUGCUGAGGCUGCCCAGAGGCCCUGACAACACCAGAGGGUUUCAUAGGGGACACGAGCGGGGCCGGGCCUGUGUAUAAAUCUCUUAAUAUCAGCUCCAGUGAAAACCACCUAUGUUAGCAAGGCUCUCACCAAUACUGGCAUGACAUAGAAUGGAGUUCAGCCUCCUUUGAAAGAUUUUGUAUACAUAUAGACCUCUUAAUUUAUAUAUUUUGUAAGGUAUGCAAAUUGUCUAGUGUACCAGGGCUCAGAACACCUGCUCCCCUUAGCAUGGCAUGUCCACGUCGCCUGACCCAGGAAAGUGGUUCUGGAGGGCAGCUUCAUGGGGAAGGUCUGGGAAUAAUGGGUCUCUUUUUGGGGACUGGAUUUUUUCCUUUCAGGGUCUGAGCUGUUCUUGACGGGCCAAGCAAAGGCUUUGUAAGAGCCCAAAGGAGUUUUAUCGUUCAAAAGCAAAUAGUUAAGCCAACAGUGUGGUGUCUUAUUGGCCCCUAGGUCUGCUCCCUGUCAAGUGAAUAAAAUAUUAAAACACUAGAA